AUGAGACUCACACCGAACUACGCAACAAAAGUGGUCUUCUCACCUAUUAUUGAAGAAAAUCUGAAAGAAUACCUAAUAACUGCAUCCCAAAUGCAUCAUGGAUUAACUCGCAAGCAAGUUAUGCAAUUAGCAUACCAGCUAGCUGUUGCGAACAAGCUUGAUUGCCCACAGAAUUGGCAAGAAAAACAGUCUGCCGGUGUCGACUGGUAUUAUGGCUUUAUGAAAAGGCAUUCUGAGCUUUCGCUAAGAAAACCUGAAGGAACUAGCUUAGCUCGGUCCACUAGUUUCAAUCGUACUUCAGUUACCGAUUUUUUCGAUAAUUUAGAGUCCGCGUAUAAACAGCUCGGAGCUGACUUAUCGCCCGCUGUAAUCUAUAACUUAGACGAAACUGCUCUGUCGACGGUUCACAAUCCACCCAAUGUUAUCGCUCCAAAAGGACAAAAACAAGUAGGCCAAGUGACAUCGGGUGAGCGGGGAACUUUGGUUACGGCGUGCGGUAUUAUUGCGGCUAACGGAAACUCGAUUCCUCCUUACAUGGUAUUUCCGCGCGUAGGUUUCAAACAGCACAUGUUGAAAGGGGCUCCGCCGGGCUCUAGCGGGGGAGCAUCCAAAAGCGGUUGGAUGAAUGGCCAAUUGUUUGUUGAAGUUUUGGAGCAUUUUCAAAAAUACGCGCGUGCGUCUAUAGAGAAAAAGGUUCUACUCAUUCUUGAUAACCACGAAUCACACGUCACCAUAACGAGCUUAGAUUUCUGUAAACAAAAUGGAAUCAUCCUUCUGACUCUGCCUCCGCAUACCUCUAACAAACUACAACCACUUGACCGUACCGUUUAUAAGUCCUUGAAAAGUGCUUUUAACGCGGCUUGUAACGAGUGGAUGAUCAGUAAUCCGGGCAAAACAAUUUCUAUUUAUGAAGUGGCGGAACUUUUUGGAAUCGCUUAUCCUUCGGCUUUCACACCUGAUAAUAUUAAGAAAGGAUUUGAAUCGACCGGUAUUUGGAAAUUGAAUCGAAAUGUAUUCAAAGACUCCGACUUCCUGUGCUCUUCUGUCACGAAUAGGCCCGAUCCUGCGGUUACUGAUACUGCGUCGGAAAAUACCGGUCUUCUUUCGAACAGGAAUAUUGAUCCUAAUCUCGAUGUUAUCGAAUUGCCUAAUAAUAAAGCUCAACUUAUAAACUCCAACGACGUUUGUAUUAAAUACUUCGAUGGAGCCGAUCGACCUUAA